CACAAGGCGGCAUCUUGAUCUGAGCAACAACCCGCGGGGGCCGCUUCUAGGGUCACCAUGCUUCAAACCUCCGUCCACAGCGUGACUAACAGGGCGGCCGCAGCGGCUCUUCCUCGGCUGGUGGGCCUACUGCCGGUGGCCAGGCGCCACUUUUGCCGCAGGGCGAAGGCGGAGCAGGCGGAGAAGAAGGAGCCAAACUCGCACCCGGAGCAGGAGCAGGCGAGGACUCGCUGGGGCGAGCGCCUGGUGGUGCUGGGCAUGGGUUUGCGGGGUGCCGCGCUGCUGCCGCGCCUGGCGCCGGCGGCCAACGCGCUGCGCUUCGCGGGCGUGGGGCCCAUGGCCGUAGGCGCCGUGGUCAGCAUCUAUGAGCUCGGGGGCUGGCGCUUGAUGCUGGCAGUCCCUGCGACCCUUGGCGCCGUGGUCUCUGCGUCCAUGCUCACGGAGUCGAAGCUGGAGGAUCAUUUGAAGGAGGAGAUCCUGAAGCAAAUGGGCGAGGCUUCCGGCGGUUGGCCGCCGGAACUGCUGCCAGCGCUGCGGGAGGCCAAGGUGUCACACUACGAGAGCAACCGCUGCAAGGUGCAGGCGCAGUGCGGCGAGGGCGCGCUGACCUGGAAGGUGGAGGUGCAUGCAGAGAGGAGGAGCUUCCCGCAGCCCUGGCAGGCCAGCAAGGUGCAAGUGUCCCGCGGCGAGCCGGGGGCCACCGCCAGCGCUCUUCCCCCCCAGACCCGGCACUGGGAGCCCCCGCUGCAGUGGAGCGUGGUGUGGUCGCAGCCCUGAGCACGGCUUCGCGUGCCUACCGGUACGGGCUGCUUUAAGGGCCAAGAUUUAUGCAGCAAGAAUCCAGGCCCAACAAUAAUCACGUCUCUGAGGGGCUGGACACUUUCAUGUUUCAAUAGCAGGCGAAAGGCAAGCCCCGUGUGGAAACAGCGACACUCUGCGUGUACAGCGCCAGGCAAGCAGGC